CUGCCACAGAAAGGCCUCUGCCAUGCAUUCUCCCGCGCAUGCACGAAACUCCACUACCUGAUGCUCCUAAACUAACCGUGAUCAGAUUCACCACCCACAGCUCACCAACCCGUCCAAGCAGAGCGGAGCAGAGCAGUCACCCCUCACCAACACACAGAAAAGAUCAAAACUUUCUCCCCAUCUUCUCCUCUCGUUUCGUUCGUGCAUAUCAUAUCUGAUCUCAUCUCUCUUCCCCCGAAACAAGGGGAGCACACUUUGUCAAGCUAACGGCCCCUCGGCUCCCGCUAUCUAUCCAUCUAUAAGUGCGACAUCCCGAACCAACCUCCAGGAUCCUGAUCUCCCACGGAAUAGAAAGUUGAGAUUUUCCCGGUUCAGAAUACGAGCCUACAGCAGGAAGGUGCGUGCAUGAUCAUGAGGCCGCGUGGGCUUCCGGCGGCGGCGGCCAGGCUCCGGCCGCACCUCCCGCGCGUCACCGCCUUCCUCAUCGUCUUCUCCGUCGGGUACUCGCUCGGCAUCGUCUCGUCGUCCGCCCGCCCGUCCACGCCCAAGCCGUCGCAGACCGUCAUACGGCCGCACGCCGCGCACCUCACCGCGGCCUCCUCGGCCGGCGUCACGGCCUCGUCGAACGGCACGGGCGCGGGCGCGAGCGCGAGCUACCCGCGGUCGCCGCCGCACGACCUGUUCCGGUUCGGGGACAAGUGCGGGGAGCCGGUGCCGGCCGAGGACGUGGUGAAGACGCUUCUUGACAAGCUGUUCGACGGCGAGAGCCCGUACGCGAGCUUCCCGCCGGCGCACACGGCCGCGCUGCUCCACCCGGCGGCGGCGCGGCCGCGCGGGUGGGGGUCGACGGGGGCGGUGUUCGCGGACCUCAUCGAGGAGGUGCGCCCCGACGUGAUCGUGGAGCUGGGCGCCUUCCUGGGCGCCUCGGCGCUCCACAUGGCGGCCGUGGCCCGGAACCUGUCGCUGUCCCCGGCCAUCCUCUGCGUGGACGACUUCCGCGGCUGGCCGGCCUUCCGCGGCCGCUUCCGCCGCGACGUCCCGCAGCAGCGGCACGGCGACGCGCUGCUGCUGCCGCAGUUCAUGGCCAACGUGCUGGCGGCGGGGCCCGAGGCCGCGGCGGCGGUGCUGCCGCUGCCCUUCUCCACGGCGUCCACGCUCGGGGCGCUGUGCCGGUGGGGCGUGUACGCGGACCUCAUCGAGGUGGACGCGGGCCACGACUUCCACUCGGCGUGGGCGGACAUCAACCUGGCGUGGGCCGUGCUGCGCCCCGGCGGCGUCAUGUUCGGCCACGACUACUUCACGGCCGCCGACGACCGCGGCGUCCGGCGCGCCGUGACGCUGUUCGCCAGGGUGAAGGGCCUCACCGUGCGGCCCCACGGCCAGCACUGGAUCCUCUCCCCGAAGCCGCGCGGCGACGGCCGGUGACGCGCGCGUGCUCUCGGUCGGUCUCUCCGGUGUGCGUGCCCGUGCUUGUCGCCGUCACCGGCGGGGCCUGCCACGCACUCUCGCGAGGCAUCCAGCGGAACGGAAACCCACCAUACGUGUCCACGUCCCAGAGCAGGGCAGGACGAAAAGCUUACGUACGCGCCUUGUCCCCGGUCUCUCUGAACUUGCGAUCGAGGUGUUCGUUCGUUUGGGCCGCCAUUUUUCUUUUCUCCACCAAACAACACAUUCUUCUUACACGGCGAGGAAUCAACAAGCACGAUUGUGCACGCACGUCCAUUGUACAUCAAAGAAAAGCAGCGGGGUUUUUCCAGUACGGAGAUGGUGAUAGGUGAUGGAUGGACUUGUGCACAGUACGUAGUGGAGGAUGAUGUGGUUCGCGCACCAGCCGGCUGCCGGAGGGAGGAAGCUUUAGCUAGAGCCAGAGCUAGAAGAAGGUGACGGUGCGACCGAAAGCGCUGAGGACGACGUACGUACUGGAUGCUUAGCGUGGGAGUGGCAAUGGUGGGAAAGGGAGAGAGUAGUGGCCAAACUGGUUAGGUGGUUCGUUAAUAAAUUUGCCUGUUGGUUCGAUCAUCAUCUUCGAGUGAUUUACAAGUCAAUCUCUCCUGUGACCGGUCGAGCCCACGGAGCACGUAGUAUUAGCUAGGCUUCUUCGCACGUACCCCGCUUGGAUUAAUCUGCUGGACGGAUGCAGGUUCUUUGGAUUUUUCGAUCUGGGAGUGCGUGGAGGAGACGCACCACGCGCGCUGAACCUCACGCAAGAAAGUCAGGAACCCUGGACUGAAAUCCAUUUGAUACUUCCGUUUUUGCUUGGCUGUUCCGCAGCAGCCGUCGCUACCCGACUAUGUCAGCAUUACACUGGCGUGCCCGUGAUAUCCGACUCGGUCAAUGCAUACAUACGUUGAUGUAUCUUUUGAUGCAUCUGUUGUCA